AGCAGCAGAGAGUCUCUGCUUGUUUCUCUCGGUAUGGACCAGGAUCGCUGCUGCGCUCCGCUCUAGUCUGCAGCAUCCUCCUCUCCGCGUCGUGCUUCUUCUUUUCUCUUCCUCUUCUUCCCACAGCUGGACUGCUCUCCCCACAUCGCAGGUUAUGCCACCCCAAAGGCUUCCUGGAUCCCCAACCGUGAAAGAGAAAGGCUGAUCCCCCGUCCUCCCCCAGGCUCCCCCUGCUCUGCUCCCCAUCUCUCCCUCCAUCCCUCUCCGGCUUACUCCCCUAACCUGACCCUGCCACCCCUGUCGUCCUUCACCUCCAGGACUGUCCGUCCAGUCACAUCCUUCCCCCCGCAGCAGCUCGGCACCCAGCCUGUCUGUUCAGUUCGAUUCAAGCCGUCUUUCCUGCAGGCGCUCGUCCUUGUCGUAGAGCUGUUCUUCACCCACUGGCUGCACGUCAGGCCCCAUGGCUACAGGAGGUCAUGCCCCAGAGAUAGAUGUGUUGAUCAACCUACAGCAGGUGAAGGUGGAGGAGGAGGAUGAGGAAGGUCCAGUAGAGGAAAAUGAGGAGGAUGAAGAAGAGGAGGAGAACCUGGAGAAGGCGCUGUCUGUGGAGCGCUUUGGUGACAUCAUCAGCGACUCCGCGUCCACCAGUGGAGACAGGAUGGGCCGACACUACACCGAGAAAGACUUUGAAUAUCACAGACACACGUUCCACCACACGCACCACCCGUUGUCCACCCACCUGCCCCUGCCCCAGCGUCUACGCAAGAGAGUGCACAGCACGGACAGACGCCGCAAAAAGAAGCGGAAGAAAAAAAAGACCUCUCUGCCACCGUCGGACGUUACACCCACCAUCCAAGAGGUAGAUGAGGAGGAGGCGGAGUCUGAGACUGAUGGACAGGGGACGGUUGCCACGCCCACAGACCUACAUGUCAUCCAACCACAGUUUAGUUUGGGGAGCCAAGAGGACUUGGAGGAACCCCUCCCGCUCACUGCCUUUCACACGGAAAACGAAGAAUUGUCGAGGAAAGCUGCACCAACUCUGAUAAAGAGGGAGACUCUUAAUGGGGGGAUCGUUGAUCUCAGACAGAAUGAGGAGGCGGAUGGAGAGGAAGCAGCAUGCAGCAGUGUCCCCCCAGGAUCAGACCCCUCAAGUUCAACCACGACCCGCGGCUGGUUCCGCAGGAAGCCCGUCCACCAUCGCCUGGCGGGCACCCAGCGGAGCAACUACGACCUGCGGGAGCGGAUCUGCAUCGGCAGCAUGACGGCCCUGGAGACGGCCGUCUACCAGCAGGUGCCCACCGACGAGGCCGAGGCCCAGAUGUUGGCCAGCGCUGAUCUGGAUGACAUGAAAAGUCACAGAUUUGAGGACAACCCCGGGGUGAGACGACACCUCGUGAAGAAGUCGUCACGAUGUCAGAUGGCGCGAACCAGCAACAGCUCCACGCCGCUGAGCAGCCUGAAGAAGAAGAAGAGAGCAGCAGAUAAAAAAACUCACGAGCUGUUUGUGGAGCUGAACGAGCUGAUCGUGAAGGACCAUGAAAUGCGUUGGAAGGAGCGAGCGCGCUGGAUCAAGUUUGAGGAGGAUGUGGAGGAGGAGACGGGCCGCUGGGGCAAAGCUCACGUGGCCUCGCUCUCCUUCCGCAGCUUGCUGGAGCUCCGCCGCACCAUCACACACGGUGCCAUCCUUCUGGACCUGGAGCAGAACACGCUGCCCGGCAUCGCCCAUCUGGUGGUGGAGACGAUGAUCAUCUCUGAUCAGAUCAGAGCUGAGGACAGACCCAGUGUCCUCCGGGCGCUGCUUCUCAAACACAGCCAUCCGAGUGAUCUGAAACACCGUUUCCACCGCCACCAGUCGUCCGGCAGUCUCCACAGCAGCUUCAAUCACAACCACGUCCCGGACACCAGUCUGCCGCUGGUGGCCGAAGAGCACGACGAGAACCACGAUAAAGGAGGCGUGUACGACCCCAAACAGGACGUGUUCGUCAGCCUGUUUAAAUCUCUCCACCCUCUGCCCCCGGAGAGCCAUCCAGCUGCAGCCAGAUCGAUGAAGCUCCUCGCCAAGAUUCCCAAAGACGCUGAAGCUGUCAUUGUUUUAGUUGGCUGCGUUGAGUUCCUGGAGCAGCCGGCCAUGGCCUUCGUCAGGCUGAGCGACGCCGUCCUCCUGGAGUCGGUGCUCGAGGUCCCCGUCCCAGUUCGCUUUCUCUUCGUACUGCUCGGUCCAAGUCAGGCCAACGUGGACUACCACGAGAUCGGACGCUCCUUCUCCACUCUCAUGUCUGACAAGAGUUUCCACGAGGUGGCCUACUUUGCCGACGACAGACAGGACCUCCUGAACGGUAUCAAUGAAUUCUUGGACUGCAGCAUCGUCAUUCCACCCUCAGACGUGGAGGGCAAGGACCUCCUGAAGACGGUGGCUGACUUCCAGAAGCAGAUGCUGCGCAAGAGGAAGGAAAGAGAGCUGAAGAGGCACCAGUCCAUAUGUGGAGUGGAGCCGAACAACAAAGAGGUGAACCUCGAGGAGGAGGAGGAGGGGGACCAGGAGGUGGACCCUCUGAAGCGCUCAGGGAUCCCUUUCGGAGGCCUGAUCCACGACAUCCGCCGCCGCUACCCGCACUACGUCAGCGACCUGAAGGACUCCCUGGACAUGCAGUGCGUCGCCGCCGUCAUCUUCAUCUAUUUUGCCGCACUGUCGCCCACCAUUACCUUCGGAGGCCUGCUGGGAGAGAAAACGGAGGGCCUGAUGGGAGUGACGGAGCUUAUCGUGUCGACCGCAACUCUUGGAGUUAUAUUCUCGCUGCUCGCUGGUCAGCCACUCCUCAUCAUCGGCUUCUCAGGACCCUUACUGGUGUUUGAAGAGGCCUACUACAAGUUCUGUCAGGCCCACAACUACGAGUACCUGACCGGUCGGGUGUGGAUCGGGUUCUGGCUCAUCUUCAUCGUCCUGGUCAUCGUGGCAGCGGAGGGCAGCUUCUUGGUUCGCUACAUCUCCCCCUUCACCCAGGAGAUCUUCGCCUUCCUCAUCUCCCUCAUCUUCAUCUACGAGACCUUUUCAAAGCUCAUUAAGGUGUUUCAGGAGCAUCCGCUGAUGGCGAUGUACCCCACCGACACCACCGUCAAUGCUAAAUUUCAACAGUUUGACCAGAUGUUCAACCAGCCCAACACCGCUCUUCUGUCCCUGGUCCUCAUGAUGGGCACUUUCUUUGUCGCCUUCUUCCUCAGGAAAUUUAGAAACAGUCGCUUUCUAGGUGGCAAGGCCAGAAGAAUCAUCGGUGACUUUGGCAUUCCCAUCUCGAUCUUGGUGUCGGUGUUGGUGGAUUACAGCAUUACUGACACUUACACUCAGAAACUUAACGUGCCGUCGGGCUUCUCGGUCACCUCCCCUGACAAGAGAGGUUGGUUCAUCAGCCCGUUCGGUGACAAGCAGCCGUUUCCCACCUGGAUGAUGGGAGCGUCUAUCGUUCCUGCUCUUCUCGUCUUCAUCCUCAUCUUCAUGGAAACUCAGAUCACUUCAUUGAUCGUCAGCAAGAAGGAGCGUCGCCUGGUCAAAGGCUCAGGCUUCCACCUGGAUCUCCUGCUCAUCGUCAUCCUGGGUGCCAUCUGUCCUCUGUUCGGCCUGCCAUGGCUCACGGCGGCCACCGUGCGCUCCGUCACUCACGUCAACGCCCUCACCGUCAUGAGCAAAGCCACGGCGCCUGGAGAGAAGCCCAUGAUCCAGGAGGUGAAGGAGCAGAGGCUGACCGGGCUUCUGGUGGCUGUUCUUGUUGGUAUGUCCAUAGUGAUGACGGACGUGCUCCGGCUCAUCCCCCUGGCCGUGCUCUUUGGCAUCUUCCUCUACAUGGGGGUCACGUCUCUGACGGGCAUCCAGCUGUACGAGCGCAUCACACUCAUGGUCACGCCCGCCAAGCAUCACCCCGACCACAUCUACGUCACCAAGGUGAAGACAUGGCGCAUGAACAUGUUCACCCUGACGCAGCUGGCGUGCAUCGUGGCCCUGUGGGUAGUCAAGUCCACCGUGGCCUCCCUGGCGUUCCCCUUCGUCCUCAUCAUGACGGUGCCGCUGCGCCGCCUCAUUCUCUCCAGGAUCUUCGAGGAACGCGAGCUCCAGGCGCUGGAUUGCGACGAGGAUUCCCCCAACUUCGACGAAGACGGACGAGACGAGUACAACGAGAUUCACAUGCUUGUGUAAAUUCAAACCGGUCCCCGGCACAAGACGACUUCCUCUCAUCCUCCAGCUCUGACCAAUCGGAGCGAGCCUCAGUUGUCUGUGGGUAGCGGUGACGAAAGCGAGAGGAGGCUAACGUCACAGUGUUUUGUAAAAUAUUCAAAAAGCUAUAGCUGGAUAAUCACCUCUUACCUUUGUUUGUUAAAGAGCACACCUAAUGUUAGAUCUCUGUGGUGGCGUCGUGUUAAAACCCCCCCGAAGAUGUUUAUCGUGCCAGACACCUGAAAAACAGCUCUGAGCAGCCGACCUGAACUGGACGAUGCAAAUCUAGCAAAAAAAAUAAUAAAAUAAACAACUUUUUGUCCUAGUUAUCCCUUUAAUUACUCUGCAGGUUCUGGGCAUAAGUGCAAUGAUGAUGGUGACCUCUGGGACUACAGCAGGCUGGGUGAUAUAUAUUUUUUUUGUCUUGAAAGUGGGAAGCCGGGUCAAUUUGCUUUCAUUUCAGUUCAUUCGGGGAGCAGAUUGUCCCCGAAACUCGUAAAUGUUCAGGCGAAUUGACCCUAAAUCUCAAAGCCCUGA